CCAUGUUAUAAGCAAGUGUGUAGAAAGACGUCAUGGCGAACCAAAAUAUUGUACCAUGUCCCGCUACGAUGAACUUCAUGAGAAGGGCUGGGAUCUCACACGACCGUGCCUAUGAAUAUUGCAUGGUUCUUAGGCAGAAUGAAAUCCCGUAUCUACUGCUCAGUGAUUUACCGGAGGAGUAUCUGUUAAAUGAAGUCAAUAUGGCUUACGGCGAUAUGAUAAGGAUGAUACAAGCCAUCGACAUGGCCAAUGCCUGGAAGGAAUUGUUCAUUCAGAUCGGAAUUUCUGAAUUUCAGUCGACGCUGUAUGGGCUGAAAUUUUCAUCAGAACAAAUCACGCGGAGUGUGUUGCACAAUAUGAAAGAAAAGCACCUAACGCAUUUGGGUGUGAAUAGUGUUGGUGAUAAGCAGAAAAUGCUGAAAGCGGCUAAGAUGUAUCUGCUCAUGGUGCCCUGUGAAUGUGGCAUCAAAGUCAGCGAUAAUCAACGAGUACUUCGCGAGUACCAAGACAUGCUGGAUGACAACGACCGCAGACUAUUGCAGUAUGUUAGUACUACAAUAGUUGAGGAAGGAAUUACGCAACAAUAG